AUGGCCAAUGGGUGGACAGAUAGACAAGCCAGAGUGGACGACACUUUUGUCAUAUGGCCCCACGGUCAAGACCAACUUCAGGAAUUCCUCACAUACCUCAACAAACAACACCCCACCAUCAAGUUCACCAUGGAACAAGAGCAAGACGGCCAACUCGCCUUUCUCGAUGUCAACCUGUCAAGAAACAAGGACGGUACUCUCAACCAUCGAGUCUACCGCAAACCUACGCACACCGACCGGUACCUGCAUCAGCGAUCCUUUCAUCAUCCAGCCAUCAAGACCUCCGUCAACUGCACCCUUGUUCGCAGAGCCCAUGAGAUCUGCGACCAGGGCAACCUCAACCAAGAACUCAAGCACACCAAGACGGCUCUCCAACUCAAUGGAUACAAACACGUCAACCUCUCCAAACCUACCAACAGGACGAUAGGGUCUACUAUACCUGAAGUCCCCCCACCACCCCCGGCGUUAGGGUCUCCUAUACCCGAAGNCACCCAAGACCAUCACCACCACCACACGGGCAGUAGGGUCCUCUAUACCUGA